AUGCUUCCACCCAUCCCCGUCUUGUCCGAUUACGGAAUCUCGCCAAAACAUGGAUUCCUUCCAGACGUUCUGCCGUUGACCCGACUGCCGGAUCCCUACUAUAAUAAGUGGGAGGCAGUUGUUGCCAACCUUCAAGCUCUGGUUCUAAGCCGUCGCCUUCGCCCGGUUGUCGACCGCUUGCCAGUCCUCUCCACCAUCGGUCUGGAACAUGACGCAGAAUGGCGGAGAGCCUACUCCCUGCUGUGCUUCAUGGCACACGCGUAUGUUUGGGGUGGCGAUGAACCAUGCGACCAGCUGCCCCCGGCCAUUACCAUCCCGCUCCUUGAGAUUUCCAACCAUCUGGAGCUACCUCCCGUAGCCACCUACGCUGCCCUCUGUCUGUGGAACUUCAAGCCUCUUUUCGUCGACGAAGACAUCGAUAAUCUCGAGAACCUAGCCACCCUGAACACCUUCACCGGUUCGCUCGAUGAAUCCUGGUUCUACCUUGUCUCCGUGGCUAUUGAAGCUCGCGGGGCUCCAAUCAUCCCGCUCAUGCUGGAUGCUGUUGCUGCCGCUCGACAAGAAGAUGCUGCCACCGUCACUCAUAGCCUGCGUGCUUUUGCGGAACGCAUGACAGAUUUGACCAAUAUCUUGCAGCGCAUGCAUGAAAGCUGCGAUCCCAACAUUUUCUACAAUCGCAUCCGAAUUUUUCUCGCAGGCAGCAAAAACAUGGCUGAGGCUGGGCUUCCAGACGGUGUCAACUACGCCGACGGCUCCGGCAAGGAGGAUUAUCGCCAGUACAGCGGCGGUAGCAAUGCACAGAGCAGUCUCAUUCAGUUCUUUGACGUUAUCCUUGGAGUUGACCAUCGUCCGACCGGCGAGAAGCGUGAUCCCUUCUCCGAGUCGGAGCGUGAGUCUCGAGCCCCUGUUCCGCAGCACAACUUCAUCAUGGAAAUGCGCCGCUAUAUGCCAGGCCCGCAUGCACGCUUUCUCAAGGAUGUCGCCGGUGUCGCCAAUAUCCGCGAGUUUGUCGAAAGCCACAAACAGGAUCGUCAGCUUUGUCUGGCGUAUGAUGCUUGCCUGGCAAUGCUGAGUGCGUUCCGUGAUAAGCACAUUGCCAUCGUCACUCGCUAUAUCAUUCUACCCUCGCGAGAGGUGCGCGCCCGAAGCAGGUCGAGAAGCCCUGAGGCCGCACGCCAGCGAAUGAACUUGGCCGUCGCUUCGCGGCAGCGCCAAUCUAAUGCUCAGGGAAACAACCUGGAAGCUACCGGGAAGAAUAAGAAAUUGACAGGCACUGGCGGGACCGCACUCAUCCCGUUCUUGAAACAGGCGCGAGAUGAGACUGGUGAGCCGGCCAUCGAGGAAUGGACUCGCCGCUUUAUGAAGAGAACGAACAAGCCGGAAGGCAAGGGAGACUUCUUCCUGGGCAAGUCAGACUUGCCUGGUCCCGGCGUCGAAGUUGAGGUCAGCGGUCUGGCCGGUACCUGGACUGUCGAUGAUGAUAUUGGCGCCAUUUGUCACUACUAA